AUGCCGCCAUCCACCAGUCUUCAGGUUGUAGCCGGCUCCGAGACGAUGCCUCCAAGGAGGAAGAAGACAGAUGUCGGACAGGGUGUGUAUGAAAAUGGUGGAGAGAUUGCCGUGAAGAUACUAAAUAACAUUCCAGUUGGAUUAGAUGAUACAAAGUUUCUCAAAGAGUUCAACAAUCUUAGGGGGCUUAAGCAUCAAAAUAUUGUGGAGUUAGUGGGCUUCUGUAAUGAAUCAGUGGAAGGACCUGCUAUGUUCGAAGGAAAACAAGUUACUGCUGUAAGUCUGCGUACGGCGCUUUGCUUCGAGUAUGUAUCCAAUGGUAGCCUUCACAAGCAUAUCUCUGAUCAAAAAACGGGACUUAACUGGCACACACGUUACAGAAUAAUCAAAGGGAUAUGUGAGGGUCUAAAAUAUCUUCGUGAGGGACUGGGGUAUCCUGUAAUGCACUUUGACUUGAAACCGGAUAAUAUAUUGCUAGAUAAUAAAAUGAUGCCGAAAAUCGCUGAUUUUGGCUUGUCAAAGCUCUUCGGUGAAGAAAACACAACAAGGGCGAUGAGUGCUGUCGGUACACUUAAGCAACACUUUUUACCAUACUUGGCAUGCAGCGGAUAUUGGCCACCGGAAUACAUAAAGUGUCAAAUAAUAUCAGGCGAGUUUGACAUAUUUAGUUUGGGCGUUAUCAUUGUAAAGAUAAUGACCGGACAUCAAGGCUACAAUUCUACUGUUGAGAUGAUGACCCGGAAAUCUGUUACGCUGGUACAAGAAAGUUGGAAGAAGAAGCUACGUGAAACAGUGAGUCCCACGUCACUCGAAGUAUACUGCAACCAGGCCCAUGUAAACUCACUUUUUGAAACUUCGCAAAAAUUCUAUCAAGACAGUGGUGAGAAUUCGCCCAUUCUUAUAAGAAAGAACAACAGCAUCACGAUCAAGUCCAGAUCUUCUUCAGGCAACUUUCGGUAUGCGGAGCCAAGGGCAAUGCCUUUCAGUUUACUAAAAGUCGUUACAAGCGAUUUCUCUCGAGAGGAAUUAAUUGGCCGGGGUGGCUAUGGAGGUGUUUACAAGGGAGUCUAUGGGGAUGGACAAAUUGCUGUGAAGCUCUAUACUUUAAAAGGAAUAGAUAAUAAGCAGUUCCAGAAUGCAAUUGAAGUCCACAAGAAGUUCCAUCAUGAAAAUGUCGCGCAAUUAGUUGGCUACUGCUACGAGACAGAAGAAGUGGUUAUACCGUUCAACGGAAAGCAUGUAGUGGUUGGUUUGGAUAUACACAUGGCAAUCUGCUUGGAGUAUUUCCCAAAUGGAUCCCUUAAUCGGUACAUCUCAGACGUGAAAUCCGGACUGGACUGGUGUAUGCGCUACCAAAUAAUUAAGGGCUUAUGUGAUGGUUUAAGAUACCUCCAUGAGGGUUUGGAGAGUCCUGUUAUUCACAUGAACCUAAAACCUAGCAAUAUAUUGAUGGAUGAGAAACUGACACCUAAAAUAGGCGAUUUUGGUCUAGCAAGAUUCGGUGCAGGAAAGAGCGACAGGACAAUGGAUAUAAGUGGAGCACGUGAAUACAUGCCGCCGGAAUUCAUUGAAAAACAAGUAAUAUCAAAAAAGCAUGACAUAUACAGCUUAGGCGUUAUAAUCAUAAAGCUGAUGACAGGGGUGAAAAUGUAUUUGAAAUGUUACGAUAUGUCUUCCGAGAAGUUUAUUGAGCUGACGCUUGAAAAUUGGAGGGAGAGGCUGCAGAAAACAGUGGAUGCUACAUUAAUUGAAGGAUAUUGUGAACAAGUUAAGAAAUGCUUGGAUAUAGCGUUGACCUGUCUGGCGAGUAACAGACGCAGAAGGCCUACCAUCGGGGAUAUCGUACAUACACUGAACGAAACAGAAACCUUGAUUCCGCAAGUGGAAAUUAUCUUGGACUCGGAGCUGCUUGAUUCAGAAGACUCUGAUCAGCUUCUUCAUGUUCAUCCCUCAGAGCUCUACUUUCUCCCAGCCAUGUCAUCGGUAGAAGUACCAAGAAAGAAGGUGGCCAUGAUCUCCUCCUGCUCAGUGCAGUUAAAUAACAAGGGAGAUGACCGCGUUGCGUUCAUGCUUGUGGCAAAAAGCCCCAAGAGGUACUUGACAAAGAAGCCACUAUGUGGCGUUGUGCCUCCAGGAUCCACCUACACCCUCACUCUCACAAUGCUCAAGCAGCAGCCACUUCCAUCGGGCAUUGACGGCGAGUUCUUCACACUGUAUAGCCUUGCGGUGAAUGAAUAUGACCUCCAGGACGAGGAUGUUGAGAAAGAUUCGAUCUCCGUCAAGUACAACAACUUCUUUGAGAAAACUAAAGAGAAAGCUGGUGCUGACCAAGAGGUAGUGCAAGAGAUGACGUUGAAGGUUCUCUGUUGUCAACAUCAAGAAGAUGAUCAUGUGACAUCAUCAUCUGAGGUCAUAACCACGUCUGAUGCUCAGCAAGUUUCCUCCAUAGAUGUGCACCCAACCGAGCCAUGGAUUAUUACGACCAAUAAUGUGGGGAGCCUUCGUUCUUGGAACUACAAGACAAUGCUUUGGGAUUGGAGCAAGGAUUGGGAAUGCACACGGACAUUUCAGGGGCACAUUGACAGAGUGAUGCAAGUAAAGUUUAACCCAGAGGACAAGGACAGUUUCGCUAGUGCUUCUAGGGAUGGCACGGUCAAGAUCUGGAAACUGGGAAUGGGUCAAUGUGUUGACAAGCUAGAAGGGCAUGUGGACCAUGUCAGUGCCGCCAAUUUGCACCCUGAGCUUCCAAUGUUAAUUACAGGUUCACUUGAUGGGACCGUACGCAUAUGGAACUCCACUACCUACAAGCUUGAGAACAUAAUUGGUUUCAAUCUCGGUGCAGUUUAUGCUGUUGGAUGUAUAAAGGGCUCAAGAAGAUUUCUGUUUUCCAUAUAUCCUCACGCAUCUGAACUUAACACCUACUCCCUCCGUUCGGAAUUACUUGUCGCAGAAAUGGAUGUAUCUAGACGUAUUUUAAUUCUAGAUACAUCCAUUUCCGAGACAAGUAAUUCCGAAUGGAGGGAGUAUGUGUUAAUACAACUACCUUCCCAUGUGGAUUGUGGCUGGGUGUCACCAAGGAAUAGCAACGAUGGAACUUUCUUCACCUUGAAGAUUAUGUUGAGUUUGGAUAUUAUCUAUGGUGUUACUUCCCAAACUGAUGUCAGGGCAUAA